CCCUCAAGAAAGAGAGGAGAAGGAGGAGAAUCUGUUUCCGUUUUUCUCCACUGUGACUUACAAGUGUUACAUCUUCAUCCCCCCGCCGACAAUAUUUUAAAAAAAAACUGAUUUUUCUUCAUACGUACGUAGAAAGAGAUCUAUAGACUCAAAAAAGUUGGAAUUUUGAUUCAAAGAGAUGUCAGUUACAGUUUGCCGCGCAGCCCUGGUGGCAAGCUCUUGGUUGUCAGAAAUGGUGAAACCGCCGCAGCCAACCAAAUCAGCAAUGGAGAGCGAGGUAAUGGCGGAGAAGAAAAGAUUCAAUAUCCGGAACUCAAUCCAGACGAACGAGGAGAACAACACCUCGGCACUUCCGCCUCCAUACAUCCAUCCCCUAGUGCGGCGUUCAGCAAUCCUAAUGAGCCAGAAUAGCCUGGAGAUCUGCACUGAAACCCUCGGUUCCGAGACUGGCUCCGAUGAAUUCACCUCAUGCGAUGAAUUAGAUUCCUGCAUCAAAACAGAGAAUGUGAACGAGGAAGCAGAGGAUGAAAAUGAAUUACAGAACAUGCAGACUGAAAAAAAGGACCUUUCUUAUGUGAACUACCACCGUUCCAUUGGCCGUCGAUCGCAGCUCCGAACAUUCCCUCCUCCUCUCCCCUCUAUCUCCCGUCGCAACGGCCCCUGUUUCAAGUUGCAACCUCACCGGCGUGAUGGCCGUCUCGUCGUCGAAGCUGUACCAGUCUCUUCCGUUAACUAUCUCCAAGCCGAGCGCCGUGGUGGCCGUCUUGUCCUCUCAUUUAUUGACUCCUCCCCAAGAAAAAACUCGACCUUUCCCACCCCUGUUCAACAAUCAGAACAGAACAUAGAUGUUGAAAUAGAGAGAGGAGUGAUGAUGGAAGAGGAGCAGGAGGAGGACGAGGAGGAGGAAGUGGAAGUCUUAGACAGGGGAACUAUAGUUGAAGUGAAAGUGAGCAAGCAGGCGGCGGCUAAACCCCACCGCUCGUCUCUCGUAAUCAACAAGUUCGUUGUUGGCUCGCGGGUGGCGGAGUACAUUUCACCAGUAACGGAGAUGGAGAAAGCAGCUGCGGCGGUUGCUGCGGCGGCAGUGAGCACGUUGACUUCGACGACAGAGGGGUUCCGAUUCAACUAUCUUAGUGAGCGCCAGAACAGGAGGUGGGGAACCCACUCAACGUCGGCUGCGGCGGCGACGGAAGCGAAGCUGUUGUUUACUUCGAGGAGGAGGAACAGGGAGGAGUUGCUUCAUGAUAUGCGGCGGUGCAGCGAGCUCCGGCGGCCGCUGUUUAUAUUCGAGCAGCCUCCCUGCAUUGCCACGUAAUGAGCAUAUGCUGACCGUCCAUGCAAGUCAGUUGUCCUUAGAUAUGAUGGGCCCAACAAAGGUCAAAACAUUGUGUUAUGAUGUUAGUAUUAGGUACACUACAGGUGUGUGCUAGACACCUAAUUUUGUGAUGAAGCAGUUUACUUUGAUUUCUGAUUAUAUUUCAGCCUCGCAUGAAGUGUUUGGU